AUUCACAUAAAUCGCAACAAAGCAACAAGUUAGCGUUACAACAUAUGGGAAAUUGAGUGUGGAUUUUGUUUUGAGGUAUUGUUGGCCUUGUUUGGGCGCGGUCCUGGUCCGAUGAUGCAGCUCCUGAGCCUGCUCUUCGUUUGUACGCUGGUCUGCUCCACAAGCGCACAAGCAGUAAAAGAUGGGACUGUCCGGCUCGUCGGUGGGGCGUCAUCUAAUGAAGGCAGAGUAGAGGUCAGUUACAACGGAAAAUGGGGAACUGUCUGCGACGAUCUCUGGGAUAUCACCGAUGCUAGCGUGGUCUGCCGAUCUCUCGAUUUUCCUGGUGCGAUUGAAGCAGUAUCUCAGGCCAAGUUCGGCGAAGGCACGGUACCCAUUCUCCUAGAUAGCGUCCAGUGUACCGGGCGAGAAUCAAAUAUCUUGGACUGUGUCCACGACGGGAUCGGGACCAACAACUGCGCCCAUUCAGAAGACGCAGGUGUCAUCUGCAGCCCACUUGAAGAGGGCCAGGUACGUCUUGCGGACGGUGAGACACCAUCAGAAGGCAGAGUGGAAAUCGUCUUCAAAGGACAAUGGGGAACUGUCUGCGAUGAUGCCUGGGAUACGUCCGAUGCCACGGUGGUCUGCCGAUCUCUCGGAUUUACCGGCGCUCUUGAAGCUGUCUCAUUUGCCGGAUUCGGUCAAGGCACUGGCAUCAUUGUCCUUGACAACGUCAGUUGUUCUGGAAGCGAAUCCACUCUCAUCGAAUGCGCCAACCGUGGUCUUGGAGUUCACAACUGUGGCCAUUCAGAAGAUGCUGGAGUCCGCUGCGAAGUGCUUCAAGAUGGUGAAAUACGCCUAGUAGGAGGCACAACCGAUUCUGAAGGUCGUGUAGAGGUCAGCUACAAUGGCGAAUGGGGAACUGUAUGCGAUGACAGUUGGGAUACCACCGAUGCCAACGUGGUCUGUCAAACUCUCGGUUAUGUUGGUGCUCUUGAAGCUGUGCCAUCGGCUGGAUUCGGUCAAGGCACUGGAACCAUUGUUCUUGAUGAUGUCAAUUGUUCUGGAGAUGAAUCGAGCUUCUUUGAAUGCGAAAAUCCUGGUCUUGGAGUCAAUAACUGUGGCCAUUCAGAAGAUGCUGGUGUUCGUUGCGAAGUUCUAGAAGAUGGUGAGGUCCGUCUAGUUGGAGGCACCUCUGAUUCUGAAGGUCGUGUAGAGGUCAGCUACAAUGGACAAUGGGGUACUGUCUGCGAUGAUGAAUGGGAUUCAACCGAUGCCAACGUGGUCUGCCGAUCUCUAGGUUUUGUUGGUUCUCUUGAAGCAGUGCCAUCUGCUGGAUUCGGUCAAGGAACUGGCACCAUUGUUCUUGAUGAUGUCAAUUGCCUUGGAAAUGAGUCGAGCCUCUUUGAAUGUGGAAAUCGUGGUCUCGGGGUCAAUAACUGUGGCCAUUCAGAAGAUGCAGGAGUUCGUUGUCAAGUACUUGAAGAUGGUGAAAUUCGCCUUGUCGGAGGCACUUCCGAUUCGGAAGGUCGCGUGGAGGUCAGUUACAAUGGAGAAUGGGGAACUGUUUGCGAUGAUCUUUGGGAUACGACGGAUGCCAACGUGGUCUGCCGAUCUCUGGGAUUUGCUGGUGCUCUUGAAGCUGUGCCAUCGGCUGGAUUCGGUCAAGGAACUGGCACCAUUGUUCUUGAUGAUGUCAAUUGUUCUGGAGACGAAUCGACCCUCUUUGAAUGCGCUAAUCGUGGUCUUGGGGUCAACAACUGCGGCCAUUCAGAAGAUGCCGGAGUUCGUUGUCAAGUACUUGAAGAUGGUGAAAUACGCCUAGUAGGAGGCACAAACGAUUCUGAAGGUCGUGUAGAGGUCAGCUACAAUGGCGAAUGGGGAACUGUAUGCGAUGACAGUUGGGAUACCACUGAUGCCAACGUGGUCUGUCGAGCUCUCGGUUUUGUUGGUGCGCUUGAAGCUGUACCAUCGGCUGGAUUCGGUCAAGGCACUGGAACCAUUGUCCUUGAUGAUGUCAAUUGUUCUGGAGACGAAGCAACCCUUUUUGAAUGCGCAAAUCCUGGUCUUGGAGUCAACAACUGUGGCCAUUCAGAAGAUGCUGGUGUUCGUUGCGAAGUUCUAGAAGAUGGUGAGGUUCGUCUAGUUGGAGGCACCACUGAUUCCGAAGGUCGUGUAGAGGUCAGCUACAAUGGACAAUGGGGUACUGUCUGCGAUGACGGUUGGGAUACGACCGAUGCCAACGUGGUCUGCCGAUCUCUCGGUUUUGUUGGUGCUCUUGAAGCUGUGCCAUCGGCUGGAUUUGGUGAAGGCACUGGCACCAUUGUCCUUGAUGAUGUCAAUUGCAAUGGAAAUGAAUCGAGCCUCUUCGAAUGCGAAAAUCCUGGUCUUGGAGUCAAUAACUGUGGCCAUUCAGAAGAUGCUGGUGUUCGUUGCGAGGCACUUGAAGAUGGGGAGGUCCGUCUAGUUGGAGGCACCUCUGAUUCUGAAGGUCGUGUAGAGGUCAGCUACAAUGGACAAUGGGGUACUGUCUGCGAUGAUGAAUGGGAUUCAACCGAUGCCAACGUGGUCUGCCGAUCUCUAGGUUUUGUUGGUUCUCUUGAAGCAGUGCCAUCGGCUGGAUUCGGUCAAGGAACUGGCACCAUUGUUCUUGAUGAUGUCUAUUGCCUUGGAAAUGAGUCGAGCCUCUUUGAAUGCGGAAAUCGUGGUCUCGGGGUCAAUAACUGUGGCCAUUCAGAAGAUGCCGGAGUUCGUUGUCAAGUACUUGAAGAUGGUGAAAUUCGCCUUGUCGGAGGCACUUCCGAUUCGGAAGGUCGCGUGGAGGUCAGUUACAAUGGAGAAUGGGGAACUGUUUGCGAUGAUCUUUGGAGUACGACGGAUGCCAACGUGGUCUGCCGAUCUCUGGGAUUUGCUGGUGCUCUUGAAGCUGUGCCAUCGGCUGGAUUCGGUCAAGGAACUGGCACCAUUGUUCUUGAUGAUGUCAAUUGCCUUGGAAAUGAGUCGAGCCUCUUUGAAUGCGGAAAUCGUGGUCUCGGGGUCAAUAACUGCGGCCAUUCAGAAGAUGCCGGAGUUCGUUGUCAAGUACUUGAAGAUGGUGAAAUUCGCCUUGUCGGAGGCACUUCCGAUUCGGAAGGUCGCGUGGAGGUCAGUUACAAUGGAGAAUGGGGAACUGUUUGCGAUGAUCUUUGGGAUACGACGGAUGCCAACGUGGUCUGCCGAUCUCUGGGAUUUGCUGGUGCUCUUGAAGCUGUGCCAUCGGCUGGAUUCGGUCAAGGAACUGGCACCAUUGUUCUUGAUGAUGUCAAUUGUUCUGGAGACGAAUCGACCCUCUUUGAAUGCGCUAAUCGUGGUCUUGGGGUCAACAACUGCGGCCAUUCAGAAGAUGCCGGAGUUCGUUGUCAAGUACUUGAAGAUGGUGAAAUACGCCUAGUAGGAGGCACAACCGAUUCUGAAGGUCGUGUAGAGGUCAGCUACAAUGGCGAAUGGGGAACUGUAUGCGAUGACAGUUGGGAUACCACUGAUGCCAACGUGGUCUGCCGAGCUCUCGGUUUUGUUGGUGCGCUUGAAGCUGUACCAUCGGCUGGAUUCGGUCAAGGCACUGGAACCAUUGUCCUUGAUGAUGUCAAUUGUUCUGGAGACGAAGCAACCCUUUUUGAAUGCGCAUAUCCUGGUCUUGAAGUCAACAACUGUGGCCAUUCAGAAGAUGCUGGUGUUCGUUGCGAAGUUCUAGAAGAUGGUGAGGUUCGUCUAGUUGGAGGCACCACUGAUUCUGAAGGUCGUGUAGAGGUCAGCUACAAUGGACAAUGGGGUACUGUCUGCGAUGACGGUUGGGAUACGACCGAUGCCAACGUGGUCUGCCGAUCUCUCGGUUUUGUUGGUGCUCUUGAAGCUGUGCCAUCGGCUGGAUUUGGUGAAGGCACUGGCACCAUUGUCCUUGAUGAUGUCAAUUGCAAUGGAAAUGAAUCGAGCCUCUUCGAAUGCGAAAAUCCUGGUCUUGGAGUCAAUAACUGUGGCCAUUCAGAAGAUGCUGGUGUUCGUUGCGAGGCACUUGAAGAUGGGGAGGUCCGUCUAGUUGGAGGCACCUCUGAUUCUGAAGGUCGUGUAGAGGUCAGCUACAAUGGACAAUGGGGUACUGUCUGCGAUGAUGAAUGGGAUUCAACCGAUGCCAACGUGGUCUGCCGAUCUCUAGGUUUUGUUGGUUCUCUUGAGGCAGUGCCAUCGGCUGGAUUCGGUCAAGGAACUGGCACCAUUGUUCUUGAUGAUGUCAAUUGUUCUGGAGACGAAUCGACCCUCUUUGAAUGCGCUAAUCGUGGUCUUGGGGUCAACAACUGCGGCCAUUCAGAAGAUGCCGGAGUUCGUUGUCAAGUACUUGAAGAUGGUGAAAUACGCCUAGUAGGAGGCACAACCGAUUCUGAAGGUCGUGUAGAGGUCAGCUACAAUGGCGAAUGGGGAACUGUAUGCGAUGACAGUUGGGAUACCACCGAUGCCAACGUGGUCUGCCGAUCUCUAGGAUUUGCUGGUGCUCUUGAAGCUGUGCCAUCGGCUGGAUUCGGUCAAGGAACUGGCACCAUUGUUCUUGAUGAUGUCAAUUGCCUUGGAAAUGAGUCGAGCCUCUUUGAAUGCGGAAAUCCUGGUCUCGGGGUCAAUAACUGUGGCCAUUCAGAAGAUGCCGGAGUUCGUUGUCAAGUACUUGAAGAUGGUGAAAUUCGCCUUGUCGGAGGCACUUCCGAUUCGGAAGGUCGCGUGGAGGUCAGUUACAAUGGAGAAUGGGGAACUGUUUGCGAUGAUCUUUGGGAUACGACGGAUGCCAACGUGGUCUGCCGAUCUCUGGGAUUUGCUGGUGCUCUUGAAGCUGUACCAUCGGCUGGAUUCGGUCAAGGAACUGGCACCAUUGUUCUUGAUGAUGUCAAUUGUUCUGGAGACGAAUCGACCCUCUUUGAAUGCGCUAAUCGUGGUCUUGGGGUCAACAACUGCGGCCAUUCAGAAGAUGCCGGAGUUCGUUGUCAAGUACUUGAAGAUGGUGAAAUACGCCUAGUAGGAGGCACAACCGAUUCUGAAGGUCGUGUAGAGGUCAGCUACAAUGGCGAAUGGGGAACUGUAUGCGAUGACAGUUGGGAUACCACUGAUGCCAACGUGGUCUGCCGAGCUCUCAGUUUUGUUGGUGCGCUUGAAGCUGUACCAUCGGCUGGAUUCGGUCAAGGCACUGGAACCAUUGUCCUUGAUGAUGUCAAUUGUUCUGGAGACGAAGCAACCCUUUUUGAAUGCGCAAAUCCUGGUCUUGGAGUCAACAACUGUGGCCAUUCAGAAGAUGCUGGUGUUCGUUGCGAAGAUCUAGAAGAUGGUGAGGUUCGUCUAGUUGGAGGCACCACUGAUUCUGAAGGUCGUGUAGAGGUCAGCUACAAUGGACAAUGGGGUACUGUCUGCGAUGACGGUUGGGAUACGACCGAUGUCAACGUGGUCUGCCGAUCUCUCGGUUUUGUUAGUGCUCUUGAAGCUGUGCCAUCGGCUGGAUUUGGUCAAGGAACUGGCACCAUUGUUCUUGAUGAUGUCAAUUGCCUUGGAAAUGAGUCGAGCCUCUUUGAAUGCGGAAAUCGUGGUCUCGGGGUCAAUAACUGUGGCCAUUCAGAAGAUGCCGGAGUUCGUUGUCAAGUUCUUGAAGAUGGUGAAAUUCGCCUUGUCGAAGGCACUUCCGAUUCGGAAGGUCGCGUGGAGGUCAGUUACAAUGGAGAAUGGGGAACUGUUUGCGAUGAUCUUUGGGAUACGACGGAUGCCAACGUGGUCUGCCGAUCUCUGGGAUUUGCUGGUGCUCUUGAAGCUGUACCAUCGGCUGGAUUCGGUCAAGGAACUGGCACCAUUGUUCUUGAUGAUGUCAAUUGUUCUGGAGACGAAUCGACCCUCUUUGAAUGCGCUAAUCGUGGUCUUGGGGUCAACAACUGCGGCCAUUCAGAAGAUGCCGGAGUUCGUUGUCAAGUACUUGAAGAUGGUGAAAUACGCCUAGUAGGAGGCACAACCGAUUCUGAAGGUCGUGUAGAGGUCAGCUACAAUGGCGAAUGGGGAACUGUAUGCGAUGACAGUUGGGAUACCACUGAUGCCAACGUGGUCUGCCGAGCUCUCGGUUUUGUUGGUGCGCUUGAAGCUGUACCAUCGGCUGGAUUCGGUCAAGGCACUGGAACCAUUGUCCUUGAUGAUGUCAAUUGUUCUGGAGACGAAGCAACCCUUUUUGAAUGCACAAAUCCUGGUCUUGGAGUCAACAACUGUGGCCAUUCAGAAGAUGCUGGUGUUCGUUGCGAAGAUCUAGAAGAUGGUGAGGUUCGUCUAGUUGGAGGCACCACUGAUUCUGAAGGUCGUGUAGAGGUCAGCUACAAUGGACAAUGGGGUACUGUCUGCGAUGACGGUUGGGAUACGACCGAUGCCAACGUGGUCUGCCGAUCUCUCGGUUUUGUUGGUGCUCUUGAAGCUGUGCCAUCGGCUGGAUUUGGUGAAGGCACUGGCACCAUUGUCCUUGAUGAUGUCAAUUGCAAUGGAAAUGAAUCGAGCCUCUUCGAAUGCGAAAAUCCUGGUCUUGGAGUCAAUAACUGUGGCCAUUCAGAAGAUGCUGGUGUUCGUUGCGAGGCACUUGAAGAUGGGGAGGUCCGUCUAGUUGGAGGCACCUCUGAUUCUGAAGGUCGUGUAGAGGUCAGCUACAAUGGACAAUGGGGUACUGUCUGCGAUGAUGAAUGGGAUUCAACCGAUGCCAACGUGGUCUGCCGAUCUCUAGGUUUUGUUGGUUCUCUUGAAGCAGUGCCAUCGGCUGGAUUCGGUCAAGGAACUGGCACCAUUGUUCUUGAUGAUGUCAAUUGCCUUGGAAAUGAGUCGAGCCUCUUUGAAUGCGGAAAUCGUGGUCUCGGGGUCAAUAACUGUGGCCAUUCAGAAGAUGCCGGAGUUCGUUGUCAAGUACUUGAAGAUGGUGAAAUUCGCCUUGUCGGAGGCACUUCCGAUUCGGAAGGUCGCGUGGAGGUCAGUUACAAUGGAGAAUGGGGAAGUGUUUGCGAUGAUCUUUGGGAUACGACGGAUGCCAACGUGGUCUGCCGAUCUCUGGGAUUUGCUGGUGCUCUUGAAGCUGUGCCAUCGGCUGGAUUCGGUCAAGGAUCUGGCACCAUUGUUCUUGAUGAUGUCAAUUGUUCUGGAGAUGAAUCGACCCUCUUUGAAUGCGCUAAUCGUGGUCUUGGGGUCAACAACUGCGGCCAUUCAGAAGAUGCCGGAGUUCGUUGUCAAGUACUUGAAGAUGGUGAAAUACGCCUAGUAGGAGGCACAACCGAUUCUGAAGGUCGUGUAGAGGUCAGCUACAAUGGCGAAUGGGGAACUGUAUGCGAUGACAGUUGGGAUACCACCGAUGCCAAUGUGGUCUGCCGAGCUCUCGGUUUUAUUGGUGCGCUUGAAGCUGUACCAUCGGCUGGAUUCGGUCAAGGCACUGGAACCAUUGUCCUUGAUGAUGUCAAUUGUUCUGGAGACGAAGCAACCCUUUUUGAAUGCGGAAAUCCUGGUCUUGGAGUCAACAACUGUGGCCAUUCAGAAGAUGUUGGUGUUCGUUGCGAAGUUCUAGAAGAUGGUGAGGUUCGUCUAGUUGGAGGCACCACUGAUUCCGAAGGUCGUGUAGAGGUCAGCUACAAUGGACAAUGGGGUACUGUCUGCGAUGACGGUUGGGAUACGACCGAUGCCAACGUGGUCUGCCGAUCUCUCGGUUUUGUUGGUGCUCUUGAAGCAGUGCCAUCGGCUGGAUUCGGUGAAGGCACUGGCACCAUUGUCCUUGAUGAUGUCAAUUGCAAUGGAAAUGAAUCGAGCCUCUUGGAAUGCGGGAAUCCCGGUCUUGGAAUCAACAACUGUGGCCAUUCAGAAGAUGCCGGAGUUCGUUGCCAAGUACUUGAAGAUGGUGAGGUUCGUUUAGUUGGAGGCACCUCUGAUUCUGAAGGUCGUGUUGAGGUCAGUUACAAUGGUGAAUGGGGUACUGUUUGCGAUGAUGAAUGGGAAACGACCGAUGCAAACGUGGUCUGUCGAUCUCUUGGUUUUGUUGGUGCUCUUGAAGCUGUGCCAUCGGCUGGAUUCGGUCAAGGCACUGGAACCAUUGUUCUUGAUGAUGUCAAUUGUUCUGGAGAUGAAUCGAGCCUCUUUGAAUGCGAAAAUCCUGGUCUUGGAGUCAAUAACUGUGGCCAUUCAGAAGAUGCUGGUGUUCGUUGCGAAGCACUUGAAGAUGGGGAGGUCCGUCUAGUUGGAGGCACCUCUGAUUCUGAAGGUCGUGUAGAGGUCAGCUACAAUGGACAAUGGGGUACUGUCUGCGAUGAUGAAUGGGAUUCAACCGAUGCCAACGUGGUCUGCCGAUCUCUAGGUUUUGUUGGUUCUCUUGAAGCAGUGCCAUCGGCUGGAUUCGGUCAAGGAACUGGCACCAUUGUUCUUGAUGAUGUCAAUUGCCUUGGAAAUGAGUCGAGCCUCUUUGAAUGCGGAAAUCGUGGUCUCGGGGUUAAUAACUGUGGCCAUUCAGAAGAUGCCGGAGUUCGUUGUCAAGUACUUGAAGAUGGUGAAAUUCGCCUUGUCGGAGGCACUUCCGAUUCGGAAGGUCGCGUGGAGGUCAGUUACAAUGGAGAAUGGGGAACUGUUUGCGAUGAUCUUUGGGAUACGACGGAUGCCAACGUGGUCUGCCGAUCUCUGGGAUUUGCUGGUGCUCUUGAAGCUGUGCCAUCGGCUGGAUUCGGUCAAGGAACUGGCACCAUUGUUCUUGAUGAUGUCAAUUGUUCUGGAGACGAAUCGACCCUCUUUGAAUGCGCUAAUCGUGGUCUUGGGGUCAACAACUGCGGCCAUUCAGAAGAUGCCGGAGUUCGUUGUCAAGUACUUGAAGAUGGUGAAAUACGCCUAGUAGGAGGCACAACCGAUUCUGAAGGUCGUGUAGAGGUCAGCUACAAUGGCGAAUGGGGAACUGUAUGCGAUGACAGUUGGGAUACCACCGAUGCCAAUGUGGUCUGCCGAGCUCUCGGUUUUAUUGGUGCGCUUGAAGCUGUACCAUCGGCUCGAUUCGGUCAAGGCACUGGAACCAUUGUCCUUGAUGAUGUCAAUUGUUCUGGAGACGAAGCAACCCUUUUUGAAUGCGGAAAUCCUGGUCUUGGAGUCAACAACUGUGGCCAUUCAGAAGAUGCUGGUGUUCGUUGCGAAGUUCUAGAAGAUGGUGAGGUUCGUCUAGUUGGAGGCACCACUGAUUCCGAAGGUCGUGUAGAGGUCAGCUACAAUGGACAAUGGGGUACUGUCUGCGAUGACGGUUGGGAUACGACCGAUGCCAACGUGGUCUGCCGAUCUCUCGGUUUUGUUGGUGCUCUUGAAGCAGUGCCAUCGGCUGGAUUCGGUGAAGGCACUGGCACCAUUGUCCUUGAUGAUGUCAAUUGCAAUGGAAAUGAAUCGAGCCUCUUGGAAUGCGGGAAUCCCGGUCUUGGAAUCAACAACUGUGGCCAUUCAGAAGAUGCCGGAGUUCGUUGCCAAGUACUUGAAGAUGGUGAGGUUCGUUUAGUUGGAGGCACCUCUGAUUCUGAAGGUCGUGUUGAGGUCAGUUACAAUGGUGAAUGGGGUACUGUUUGCGAUGAUGAAUGGGAAACGACCGAUGCAAACGUGGUCUGUCGAUCUCUUGGUUUUGUUGGUGCUCUUGAAGCUGUGCCAUCGGCUGGAUUCGGUCAAGGCACUGGAACCAUUGUUCUUGAUGAUGUCAAUUGUUCUGGAGAUGAAUCGAGCCUCUUUGAAUGCGAAAAUCCUGGUCUUGGAGUCAAUAACUGUGGCCAUUCAGAAGAUGCUGGUGUUCGUUGCGAAGCACUUGAAGAUGGGGAGGUCCGUCUAGUUGGAGGCACCUCUGAUUCUGAAGGUCGUGUAGAGGUCAGCUACAAUGGACAAUGGGGUACUGUCUGCGAUGAUGAAUGGGAUUCAACCGAUGCCAACGUGGUCUGCCGAUCUCUAGGUUUUGUUGGUUCUCUUGAAGCAGUGCCAUCGGCUGGAUUCGGUCAAGGAACUGGCACCAUUGUUCUUGAUGAUGUCAAUUGCCUUGGAAAUGAGUCGAGCCUCUUUGAAUGCGGAAAUCGUGGUCUCGGGGUUAAUAACUGUGGCCAUUCAGAAGAUGCCGGAGUUCGUUGUCAAGUACUUGAAGAUGGUGAAAUUCGCCUUGUCGAAGGCACUUCCGAUUCGGAAGGUCGCGUGGAGGUCAGUUACAAUGGAGAAUGGGGAACUGUUUGCGAUGAUCUUUGGGAUACGACGGAUGCCAACGUGGUCUGCCGAUCUCUGGGAUUUGCUGGUGCUCUUGAAGCUGUGCCAUCGGCUGGAUUCGGUCAAGGAACUGGCACCAUUGUUCUUGAUGAUGUCAAUUGUUCUGGAGACGAAUCGACCCUCUUUGAAUGCGCUAAUCGUGGUCUUGGGGUCAACAACUGCGGCCAUUCAGAAGAUGCCGGAGUUCGUUGUCAAGUACUUGAAGAUGGUGAAAUACGCCUAGUAGGAGGCACAACCGAUUCUGAAGGUCGUGUAGAGGUCAGCUACAAUGGCGAAUGGGGAACUGUAUGCGAUGACAGUUGGGAUACCACCGAUGCCAACGUGGUCUGCCGAGCUCUGGGAUUUGCUGGUGCUCUUGAAGCUGUACCAUCGGCUGGAUUCGGUCAAGGCACUGGCACCAUUGUUCUUGAUGAUGUCAAUUGUUCUGGAGACGAAGCAACCCUUUUUGAAUGCGAAAACCCUGGUCUUGGAGUCAACAACUGUGGCCAUUCAGAAGAUGCUGGUGUUCGUUGCGAAGUUCUAGAAGAUGGUGAGGUUCGUCUAGUUGGAGGCACCACUGAUUCCGAAGGUCGUGUAGAGGUCAGCUACAAUGGACAAUGGGGUACUGUCUGCGAUGACGGUUGGGAUACGACCGAUGCCAACGUGGUCUGCCGAUCUCUCGGUUUUGUUGGUGCUCUUGAAGCUGUGCCAUCGGCUGGAUUCGGUGAAGGCACUGGCACCAUUGUGCUUGAUGAUGUCAAUUGCAAUGGAAAUGAAUCGACCCUCUUCGAAUGCGGGAAUCCUGGUCUUGGAAUCAACAACUGUGGCCAUUCAGAAGAUGCAGGAGUUCGUUGCCAAGUACUUGAAGAUGGCAUCGUCCGACUCGUAGACGGCCUUUCGUCAUCUGAAGGUCGCGUGGAGGUCAGCUACAACGGGCAAUGGGGAACUGUCUGCGAUGACGAAUGGGAUAUAACCGAUGCCACCGUGGUCUGCCGAUCUCUGGGUUUCAUCGGUGCUCUUGAUGCCAUCCCAUCGGCUGGAUUCGGUGAAGGCACUGGCACCAUUGUCCUUGAUGACGUUAACUGUUCUGGAGACGAAUCGAGCCUCUUCGAAUGCUCGAAUCGUGGUCUUGGAGUCCACAACUGUGGUCAUGGAGAGGAUGCCGGAGUUCGUUGCGAAGUGCCUCCCGUUCCAGUCCGAAUCGUCGGAGGCUUGGUGGAAGGGAGAGUUGAGGUGCUCUUCAACGGAGAAUGGGGGACCGUGUGCGAUGACCUCUGGGACGACGCCGACGCUACGGUCGUCUGCCGAAUGCUCUCCCUUGGCCAGACGGGUGUUGCGCGGAGAGAAGCCUACUACGGCAAGGGCGAGGGGAGUAUAUCCCUCACAGCUCUUGAGUGCGACGGAAGCGAAGCGAGUCUCUUCGAUUGCCCCAACGGUGGUUUAGGUAGCAACUGCGUACACGCUCAAGACGCGGGCGUUGAGUGUCUGCCGUAAUCAGUCAGCCGGAGUCGGUUGCAGCUGUUUGAUCAGAUCGGUCUUCCAAAAAUAUUCUAAUGAGGUUAUAAGAAAAAUGUUCUUUAUGGUGAUGGGCCUUAUUGUACAGUCAUGACAAUGAAUGAUGAAGGGGAUGUUAUAAUUUUGGAAUACAGAAGCAUGAACGAUAACGAAGAUCCAUCCCAAUAUUUGGUUGACAAACUAAAAACUAUGCUGCUAUCAAGUGGAUAGGAUUGAGUUAUAGCUAUUGAAUGGAAUUGUUCGUUUAAUCCUAAAUGACAGGGCUAUUUGAGAUGUAUUGAGGAAUGUGGGGGGGGGGAGGGAGGGGGGCGAUGAUGGCCCUCCUUCUGAUCUCGCGAUCGCGCCGAGUGGCACGCACAUUCUUUACCACAUAAACUACAAGCCAGUAGAAAAAAAAUCUGAAAAUAAUGAUUUUUAAAAAUUUAUUAUGUAUAAAAUAUGAAAAUUUAUUCGUGAAAAACAUUAUUUUCAUAUUUAAACCCACUUUCACUUUAAAUUUUCGUCUCUUUUUUUUUCUCCAGAUGUCAUCUUUUUAAUGUUAUUUAAAGGUUUAAAAAAAACCAAAGCGAAAGCGAUUUUUUUUCCCUAUGUAUUUAUUUGUUUUUAUAAUUUCUUAUGUAUUUCUCUGUUUUUUCAUCUUUUGGUUUCAUUCUUUUUUCAAUGGAAAUUAUCACAAACCAAUUAAAAACUAAAUUAGACCCUAAAUUGAAUAAGCAGAACAAUUAGAAUGAAAAAUAAUCACCCUUUCAUGAACUUCAUUUCCCAUAAAAAUGAGCCAUUUUUGUCAUGACAUUGUCUCGUAAAAAUUCAUGUCACGUCGCGAUGUUAUACCUGUAUGUCGCAAAUAUGGUCUCAAAAGUUGCGCAAGACUACAUUUGCGGAAAUAUCGCGCGAAGCGUUGAGGGGGGGGGGGGCAUCAUUGUCCCCUAGUCCUUAAUUUAGGGUUAACAUAUUGCCAAUUUCUGGUUCUUUUAGAAAACAGCAAUUUCAGUAUUCUAUGUUAUCAAGUUUUGCAAUAAAUUAAUUCUUUGUAAAAAAAAAGAAGAAGAAGAAUUUUGUGUGUGUAAUGUUUGUAUUGUGUUUCUUUCUAUACAGGAAAGAACGCAGUGUCACAUAGUGUGAUCACAGUGUGUUCACAUUGUUGACUAAGGGAAUAUGUUCAAAUGCUCAAAUUCAACAGUGGACACCUCAACAGUGUGGAUGAUCACAGCGUGUUCACAUUGUUGACUAAGGGAAUAUGUUCAAAUGCUCAAAUUCAACAGUGGACACCUCAACAGUGUGGAUGAUCACAGCGUGUUCACAUUGUUGACUAAGGGAAUAUGUUCAAAUGCUCAAAUUCAACAGUGGACACCUCAACAGUGUGGAUGAUCACAGCGUGUUCACAUUGUUGACUAAGGGAAUAUGUUCAAAUGCUCAAAUUCAACAGUGGACACCUCAACAGUGUGGAUGAUCACAGCGUGUUCACAUUGUUGACUAUUAAAGGGAAUAUGUUCAAAUGCACAAAUUCAACAGUGUGGAGGUGAUCCAUACUGAGGGACAUAGUGUCCUUUCCAGUAGGCAAUGGUCUGAUUGCAACUAUUACCUUUCCGGAAUGUUGUUUCCUGGAAGUUCGGAUGUUUCCUCUUAUUUUGUUUUCCUGUCACGUUCCAGAAGUGUUCGAAAGGGCCCAUUUUCUUACAGAGAGAAAUCAUUAAGUCUAAUCGAUUGAUGAGUAAAAAUACUAAUUCUGAUACC